ACGGCAGUCGAUCGGCGCAUGCAGGCCAGUCUCCUCGCGGCCCUGAUGCGCCGGUGCAGGCGCACCUAGUCUACGAACUCGUCGGGAUGAACGCGUCCGAGUCGCAGCAGAACCUGCUGACGAACGAGGCCAAACCGGCCUCGACGUCCCAGCAGUGGUUGAGUCCGCCGGCCGACUACGUCCUCGGACCCGUCGAGAAGCACUUCCUGCUGAGCGCCGAGAGGGGCGACUGCGCGACCGUCCGCCGUCUGCUCGAGGAGAACAAGGAUCACCCGGAGAUUCUGAACAUCGACUGCGUCGACCCGCUCAACCGCUCGGCCCUCAUCGCCGCGAUCGAGAACGAGAACAUCGACCUCAUACUCCUGCUGCUCGAGCUCGGAAUCUCGGUGAAGGAUGCCCUGCUGCACGCCAUCAAGGAGGAGUACGUCGAGGCGGUGGAGAUCCUGCUGGAGCACGAGGAGAAGAUCCACCAGCCCGGCCAGCCAUACAGCUGGGAGGCCGUCGACCGCUCGGCGUCAAACUUCACGCCGGACAUAACGCCGCUGAUCCUGGCGGCGCACAAGAACAACUACGAGAUCCUGAAGAUCCUGCUGGACCGGGGAGCCACGCUGCCGACGCCCCACGACGUGCGCUGCGGCUGCGACGAGUGCGUCAGCUCGAGCGAGCAGGACUCGCUGCGGCACUCGCAGUCGAGGAUCAACGCCUACCGGGCGCUCACCUCCUCAUCGCUGAUCGCCCUCUCCUCCCGGGAUCCCCUGCUGACCGCCUUCGAGCUCAGCUGGGAGCUGCGCCGGCUCAGCCGCAUGGAGCAGGAGUUCCGCUCCGAGUACAACGAGAUGCGCGAGAACGUGCAGGUGUUCGCGACCUCGCUGCUCGACCACGCGCGCACCUCGCACGAGCUCGAGGUCAUGCUGAACUACAACCCGAGCGGCGAGAACUGGGAGCCCGGCGAGCGGCAGACCCUCGAGCGUCUCAAGCUCGCCAUCAAGUACAAGCAGAAGCAGUUCGUCGCCCACCCGAACGUCCAGCAGCUGCUCGCGGCCAUCUGGUACGACGGCCUGCCCGGCUUCCGCAGGCUCAGCAUGAUGGGCCAGCUCCUCGAGGUCGGCAAGCUCGGGGCCCAGUUCCCCGUCUACAGCACCAUCUACAUGCUCUCGCCCAACUCGCCCAAGGCCCUCUUCAUGAAGAAGCCCUUCGUCAAGUUCAUCUGCCACUCCUCCUCCUACGCCGUCUUUCUCAUGCUGCUGGGCGCCGCCUCGCAGCGCAUCGAGUACCUGGCCAUCGAGCUCUUCGGCAACGCCUGGAUGCGGCAGAUACUCGCGGGCUGGAAGCGCCGGGAGCGCGGCUCGAUCCCCGGCUUCGUCGAGUCCGGCGUCAUCAUCUACGUCUUCAGCCUGGUCGUCGGGGAGAUUCGCUCGCUCUGGGCGGACGGGCUGCUCGAGUACGUCUCCGACCUGUGGAACAUCGUCGACUUCGUCCAGAACGUCUUCUACGUCAUCUGGAUCACCAUGCGGGCGACCUCCUGGCUAGUGGUGAUGCGCGAGUACUGGGCGGGCGAGGACCCCUGGUACCCGCGGGACCACUGGGACGACUUCGAGCCGAUGCUGCUCUCGGAGGGGGCCUUCGCCGCGGGCAUGAUCUUCAGCUUCCUCAAGCUCGUGCACAUAUUCAGCGUGAACCCCCACCUCGGCCCGCUGCAGAUCUCCCUCGGCCGCAUGAUCAUCGACAUCAUCAAGUUCUUCUUCAUCUACACCCUCGUGCUCUUCGCCUUCGGCUGCGGCAUGAACCAGCUGCUCUGGUACUACGCCGACCUCGAGAAGAACAAGUGCUACCACCUGCCCAACGGGCUGCCGGACUUUGACAACAACGAGAAGGCCUGCGCGACUUGGCGCCGCUUCGCCAACCUCUUCGAGACGUCGCAGUCGCUCUUCUGGGCGAGCUUCGGCAUGGUCGACCUCAUGUCCUUCGACCUCACGGGCAUCAAGAGCUUCACGCGCUUCUGGGCCCUCCUCAUGUUCGGCUCCUACUCGGUCAUCAACAUCAUCGUCCUCCUCAACAUGCUCAUCGCCAUGAUGUCCAACUCGUACCAGAUCAUCUCGGAGAGAGCCGACACCGAGUGGAAGUUCGCGCGGAGCCACCUGUGGAUGAGCUACUUCGAGGACGGCGACACGGUGCCGCCGCCCUUCAACAUGAUCCCGACGGCCAAGACCUUCGACCGGAUCGUCAAGUGCGGCAAGUCCGGCAGGCCGACGCGCUCCGUCAUAAAAAAGUCGCGCGAGAAGGCGAAGGAGCGCCACGACACGGUCAUGCGGCUGCUGAUCCGGCGCUACGUCACCGCCGAGCAGAGCAAGACCGACGACUUCGGCAUCACCGAGGACGACGUCAUGGAGAUCCGGCAGGACAUAUCGACCCUCCGCUACGAGCUCAUCGACAUCCUCAGGACCAACGGCAUGCAGACGCCCAACGUCGACAAGGGCGACACGUCGCUCUCCGGCAAGAAGGGCCGGGUCAUGGAGCGCCGGCUGCAGAAGGACUUCCAGAUCGGCAUAGUCGAGGGCAUCGUCAACUCGGUCAUCCAGAACGAGAAGGAGUCGAAGGACGUGUUCAGCCAGAUCGCCAAGGCGAUCGGCCGCAAGAGCAGCGGCGGCAGCAAGAAGAAGGACUGGAACGCGGUCGUGAGGCAGAACACCGUCGCCAGGGACCCCAUCGGCAGCUCGAACGAGGCCGUGGACAAGCAGCACAGGAGGAGCUUGAGGCGGCACCUGCAGCACGGCAACUCGCUCCUCGAGUCCCUCGACCCGCAGCGGCUGCUCGAGUACAAUCCGAACCUCGUCGAAGUCUCGGCCACCACGAGGGUCGCUUACGCCAAGUUCAUGCUCAGGAGGCCCGCCGCCGUGAAGGAGGCCGCCGAGGGAGAAGAGGCUCCGGCGGACGGCGAGGGCAAGACCUCCAAGCGCUCGAGCCAGCGCGUGGCCAUCAUCGACCCGGCCAAGCCCGGGGAGAAGCCCCCCGACAGGCCUCCUCCGGCGACCCGGGCUCUCGGCACUCUGAGCAAGAAGAGCCUGAUCAAGGCGGCGAGCAGCGACAAGCCCGAGGCCGGCAAGUCGAGCCUCGAGGCCAAGCCGUCCCAGGAGCAGCGCGGCGGACCCUCGCCCAUCCCGGAGGAGCCGCACGAGGAGUCCAAGGCCCCGAUCGGCUCGAGGGCGGCCUCGCUGAAGAAGCAGCCCUCGGCGGCAGCCUCCGAGCCGAAGAAACCGACGGCCGACGAGGGACCGACCACCAAGGCCCGGGGCAGGUCCAAGGCCACCGGCCAGAUCGUCGGCGGCUGGAUCUGAGCGCGCCGCUCUGCUACUUGCGCUACUAUUAUACUCUGUUUCUUGUACAUGAUUCUCAACUUUUACUCUUGGCGAAUAAAAUGUGUGCCACUUUUUCCAACGA